AUGUCUCGCCAUCACCCUGAUCUCGUUAUGUGCCGCAAGCAACCCGGCAUCUCUAUCGGCCGCCUUUGCGACAAGUGCGACGGCAAAUGCCCCGUGUGUGACUCCUACGUGCGCCCCACAACCCUUGUCCGGAUCUGCGACGAGUGUGCCUUCGGAAACUACCAAAACAAAUGUGUCGUGUGUGGCGGUGAAGGUAUCAGUGAUGCCUUCUACUGUUUUGAGUGCACGCGUUUGGAAAAGGAUCGAGAUGGAUGUCCAAAGAUUAUCAAUCUCGGAAGUUCGAGAACAGAUUUGUUUUACCAAAAGAAAAGCUUUCGAAAUCAUUGA